AUGGGCAAUGGAAAGAUACAGGAGGACAGUGCUUCAGAUGUGAUGUACAACGUCGCCCGUUGGUGCGGAAAUGCUGAAAUUGGGACGGGUGAGACCCGAGAAUGUGGCAACAAACUGCCGAAAUUGAUUAUUAAGUUCAAGCUCCACAACGGCAAAUUGGUGGGACACCUCAGGCGAGUGCAGACCUCAAACGGUCAGCUUGGCUGUGUAGUCGUGCAGGUUUGA